UGUGGUGUAGCUAUGUUAUGCAUGAAUGUGAUUAAUCCUAUCAAUUUCUAUUUGUCAGGGAUAUGAACUAUUGCAUCAAAUGGAACCAUAUAUUAAUCAGUAGUUGGGAGAGGUGAUCUUUGCAUGAGUCCAGUAGAAUUUGAACCUUCUGUAAGUGAUGAUUUAGUACUGGAGAAGAAAUCUGGAAAUGGGCAACAUGAUGUCAGAGGCACACAUCAUCACAGAACCAGCAUGAAACCUGAAAAACCAAUUGACUUGCUUAGGAAAGUUGAUGGCAAUAAUAUGUGUGCUAACUGUGGUGCUUCAGAACCUGAUUGGGCAUCAUUAAACCCUGGCGCACUUCUAUGCAUAGAGUGUUCUGGGGUGCACAGAAAUCUUGGAGUGCAUAUAUCAAAGGUUAGAUCUCUGACACUUGAUGUCAGAGUUUGGGAGCCAUCUGUAAUCAAUCUCUUUCAGUCAUUAAGCAACAUGUUUGUCAACAGUAUUUGGGAAGAGACGCUGCCAGAUGAUAAUUCAAGUGCUGAUGGAUCAGACACAUCACAGUACCUCUCUGUUAGCAAGCCUAAUCUCUUUAUGAGAAUUUUGGUUUAUUUUGUUUGAUUCCGGCUCUCAUCAAGUGACUCC